UGUAUAAAAAACGCAAACAUAUCAACUACAUGAACAGUUGCAUUGCAUAUAUGCAAGUUUUUGUUUUUAUAAUCUAUCAUAAAUAAAAAUGCCAAAAGUUGUUUCUCGAAGCAUUGUGUGUUCCGAUUCGAAGGAUCAGGAGGAGUAUACUGAUACGGGUCCGUUGAACAUCUAUUAUUGUUUAUGCGGACAAAUGAGCCUAAUUUUAGAUUGUAUAGUAGAAAAACUCCCACUGCGACAGCUGGAUGGAGCACGAGUUAUUGAUUCCGCUAAACAUGCCAACAAAAUUACUUCGGAUCCUGGGGAAACGGUGUUUAUCCGACGUGAAUCUGGUAUUGAAAAACAGCAUCGUUUCAAAUGCAAAAAAUGCUCUUUGCCUCUGUAUUACCGGCAUACCAGUGAUUCCCAGGUAACAUUCAUUAUUCGUCGUGCACUGGUUAAAUCGAAGAGCGACACUCGGAUUUCCGACGUGUAUAAACCGGCCGCAAAGUCAAUACUUGAACCGAAGAAGGUAAUGGUAACAAAGCACACGAAAAACAUGGGAAAAUUCAGCUCGGUUACAGUUUCCACGAUCGACGAGGAAGAGGACGAAAUUGAAGCCCGUGAAGUGGCGGACAGUUAUGCUAAUAAUGCUCGAAUUAUAGAGAAACAACUGGAGCGAAAAGGCGGUAAAUCAAACGAAACAGUAAUAAAAGAAAAAUGUGAAGCUCCAGCAGCGAAAAAAUCGAGAGGUACCUUGUUGGAUGUGUAGAUUGCGAAUUUUCAGAAAUAACUUCAGAGUAGAAUUUUCAGAAAUAACUUCAGAGUGUAUCUAAUGAUUAAAAUUCAUCAAUUUUAUAAAUUCUAAAGUUUUUCGUUU